AAACCAGUCGAUCGAAUCUGAACCGGAAUUGGCCGGUUUGGAUAAAACGACCCAGUUUCGCGCUUAAGGGGAGAAACAAAACGCGCUUCUCCAUCUCCUUCCUUAUUCCUUCGAGCAGAACACGCCCUGCCUCAACCCGGGAAAAACCCUAGCCGCCACCACCGCCGCAGGGAGGAGCCGUGUUUGCCGCCGUCCGUCGCUGUCAGGCAUCCUGAGUUUCGUUAUAAAACAGAGUUUCAGAGUCAUGAGCCUGAGUUUGACGAUCUUAAGAGCUUGGAAAUAGAAGAGAAAAUCAACAAAAUCAAAUGGUGCCAAACAGCUAAUGGUGCUCUGUUCCUUCUAUCUACAAAUGAUAAAACCAUAAAAUUUUGGAAGCAAUGUUCCCUCAGCAUUAGGCCAUUAGCCCUAAUCACUGUUCUCUCUCUUUCUCCCAACGCCGACAUCAUUCCUUCAUUCAUACACACUACUCAAAAGAUAAUGCCGUCGGAAAUUGUUGCCGCCGAUUUGUUCCUCCGGUGACCAUACUCCAACGCCGGUGAACAUUCUCAUAAAACAAACAGAGAAAGGAAGAAAUCUGAGACUCAGAAAGGAAAAUGAAAAGGCAGGAAACACUUCUCACUGUGUCGAAGAAAAAAUCCGAAGAAGAUAAUGAAGAAGGAAACGACGUCAUCCAGCUCGUGGUGGUUUCACCGCCGUGCCGGUCGCCUCGAGCACCGCCAGGGUCACGGCGCGCGACGUUCACUGACUCCGGAAACCAAGUAAGAAGAAAAAGAAGAAUGAGUAAAGAGGAACUAGGUACUUUCUCAACGAUGGAUCCUUGGGAUAUGAUAAAUCGUUGGGAUAUGAUAGAUCCUUUGGAUAUGAUAGACCUGGAUGCGGACGUGAGUAAUAAUCAACCACGUCAUCCACAGCCGGAUAGAAGGAAUAUGGUAGAGCAGUGUGCCAUUGACGUGGGUGGCAAUCAACCACCUCAGCUACAGCCUCCGCCUCAGUCUCAGCCUCCGCCCCAGCCGGAUGUAAGAGAGAUUACAGUAGCUCAGUUUUUCAGUGACACGUGUGGUUAUCAACCACAUCAGUCUCACCCUCGAUAUGGUUGUUGCUGAGUGUUUGCCGGAAGCUCAGCCUCAGCCUCAGCCUCAGCCUCAGCCUCAGCCUCAGCCUCAGCCUCACCCUCAGCAGUUUCUUGCUGACGUGUGUGGUUAUCAACCACCUGAGUCUCAGCCUCAGCCUCAGCAGUUUCUCACUGACAUGUGUGGUUAUCAACCACCUUGGUCUCAGCCUCAGCCUCAGCCUCAGUCCCACCCUCAUCCUCAGCAGUUUCAGCAGUUUCUUGAUGACGUGUGUGGUUAUCAACCACCUGAGUCUCAGCUUCAGCUCCAACCUAUGCAACCUCAGGUCUGGACUUGGGAGGAGAACAAAGCCUUUGAGUCAGUUAUUGCCAAUUGUUUUCAGUAUGCUCAACACAACAUCGCUGCUCGUUUCCCUGGAAAGACCCCGGCGCAACUGCAAGAACGCUUCAAGAAGCUGAUGAAGGACAUCAAUGUCAUCCAUAACGGUUAUACUGCAAACACUCCUCUGAAUGCUGCUGCAUCUGAGAACAUGACUAUGACAAUGGCUGCUCCUACCACCACAUUGGAACACAACCCUGUCUCCAUCCCCAUCAUCAAUGCAACAACAACAACCCCACCACCACCGCCUUAUAACACUGAUCAUCAACAUCACAAGGCGGAGGUAGUUGCGGCCGCAGCACCAAUGGAGGCAGCAACAAGGGAACAAAUGCCAACACUAACAAUACAAAGAAAUAUUCUCGGUGGACUGAAGAUGAGCAAAGGAUGUAGUUGUUUCUAAGGAGGUGAAGCAAGCAUAAACUGUUCGAGGAGGCAGCAGUUAAUGUGUUGUCCACUGCUGCACCUGUAACGGAUUAUACACAUGUUUAUAAAGGGUAUAUGGGCAACAAGUGUAUUCUCUUUUGUGUUGUUUUGGGUUUUUGGUUAUAUAAAAUUUAUUUUGGUUUUUGACCGUAUCUUUGGUUCGGGUAAGCCAAGAACUAAUCCAUUGCAAUGUACAAUAAGCUAAUAACUAGAACAACCUAAAUUAAUUUGUGAUAUGAACUAAAAUUAAGUUGUUUUAUUGAAUUUUUUUAUAAUUAACCUACUAUUUUAAAUAAAAAUAAAUGAGUACGACCUCGAAACCAAAUAGUAAAAAUUGUUAUUCCACCUCAAUUCUUCAUUUUA